UGUAUGUGUACCUGUAAAGGUCGAUUCCAGUCUGGUUCCUCUUCCACGCGUGGCCCUGCUGCCUCAGCACCUCUUCCACGAUGUCCUCGUCCCGUGGCACCCGGUACACAGGGAACACGUAGAACCAGCACAGCACCAGCACGCACACGGCGGCCCACGCCGACAGCUUGGCCCGGUAGCACCGCAUCAACAUCCUCCCUCACCUUCACCUCUCCUCGCCGACUGCCUGUCGCCCUUAAAAGAGAGGAGCGCCGAAGCGGAGCAGCCGCCUCAUGCCGCACACGCGCGACGCGGAGUGUGGCUGCCAGGGGGGGCCGGGCAAGGUCAGGGAAGGUCAGAUGUCACUCCUGGGCCGGUGCCAGCACAUUCUUGGUGGACCAGACGCUGGAUCUCGCCGUCCGCUAGACUGGUAUAAAGCCACCGAUUGUCCGAGGCGGUCCAUUGUUGCGGACUGUUCGACUCCAAGAGCACUCCAAAGGCACUCCAGGUAAGAUGCAGAGCAGAACGACAGCGAUGAACGCCAAGUGGGAUAAGCCGAAGUCAAAGAUCACGGCUUCCCGCAAGCUCUCCUUAAAGAUGCUCCUGCUGACGAGAGCCUGCGAGGAUCUGGAGAACGAGAGGCAGGAGAGGGAGGAGGAGAAAGUGCGCUACCUGGAGGAGAAGCUGCCUGCUCUGCAGCUGUCUGGGUUGUCGCUGGACGAGCUGCAGAACCUGUGCAAGCAGCUGCACACGAAAAUCGACGUGGUGGACGAGGAGAGAUACGACUGUGAAUCCAAAGUCAACAAGCACAACAUCGACAUCCGUGAGCUGAAGCUGAAGGUGCAGGACCUGGGGGGCAAAUUCAAAAAGCCCGCCCUGAGGAAGGUGAGGGUGUCCGCGGACGAGAUGAUGAGAGCCCUCCUGGGCUCCAAGCACAAGGGUUCCAUGGACCUCCGUGCCAACCUCAAGUCCGUCAAGAAGGAGGACGUCAAACAGGACAAGGUGCUCACGAGCGAGGUGGGCGACUGGCGUAAGAACGUGGAGGCUAUGUCGGGCAUGGAGGGCCGCAAGAAGAUGUUCGACACAGGCGGCGCCGCGCAGUGAGGAUGAUUCCAAAGACGGGGUCCUGACUUGGAAAAUGUAGGAAUUAGCCUUCAUGUUUGACGGACACUUUUCAAAUCACUUCAACUUAGCACAGGAUCCCUUUUGUACUGCUUCUUAUACAUUGCGUCUAAGGGGAAAUAAAUAACAGAUUUUUCCUCAUUUGAA